AUGCGGUCCUUUGGACCAUACAUUCCUUUUAUACUUGCUGGUGCGCUGCCGGUCAGCGUACUGGCUGGCGAUAUCCUGAGCACGACUGGCGUCUCGACAUGUAUCUCGGAUCCGGACAUUACUGUGAAAACACUCAAUGUUGAGUACAAUCGGGCGAACAGGAAAAUCAUAUUCGAUGUGGCCGGGUCAAGUGCAGAGAGUCAGAAGGUUCUCUUGAACCUGGUUGUUACUGCAUAUGGACGAGAGAUUUAUACCAAAGACUUCAAUCCAUGUGAUAAUAGCACAGGCAUAAGCGAGGAUGCGAUGAAGCAGAUGUGUCCAAUACCCGCUGGUACAUUCGCAUCACAAGGCGAGCAGACAGUACCCGAAGAAUACGCCAGCAAAAUCCCAUCGAUAGCCUUCCAAGUUCCCGACCUCGACGGCCUCGUCAAAUUAAAAGUAACGAACGCCGAGUCCGGAAACGAGCUGGGUUGCAUCCAGUCGAGCGUAGGGAAUGGACACACAGCCAACCUACCCGCAGCACAAUACGCCGCUGCCGGUAUGGCCGCUGCAGCUUUGGCAAUGUCUGCGAUUGGCGCUGUAGCAUCUGUUGGAGGAGCUGGCGCAACAUCACCAUCUCCAACCUUUGGCGAGGUCAUUGGUUGGUUCCAAUCCAUGGCCACCAACGGCAUGUUGAGUGUGCAGUACCCGAAAGUGUACCAAUCAUUCACGACCAACUUCGGCUUCUCUUGCGGUCUGGUGCAGUGGGGUGCAAUGCAGAACGCGAUCGAUAACUUCCGGGCCAAGACUGGCGGUAACACUACCGAUAACAGCUACGAAUACCUCAAGAACAACGUGACGCUGGUGUACAACGACGGGACGAACUCGAGCGUCAGCAAGCGAGCGCUCAGUGCGGCGACGAACAUUCUUCUCGCGCGAGAUGGAGUAACGGUGGAUGUGAAUGGUACUUCUCAGGACGUCGGUGAUAGCACGAUCAGCAACAGCACUUCCUCUGCCGACAGCAAGGACCAACGAUUCGUUUCCGGACUACAGGCCUACGCCGAACAGCUAUCGAUUCCCAGCUCGAACACCUUCAUGACCAUUCUCCUGGUAUGGGCGAUCGCAGUCGCAGCCAUCAUUGUCCUCAUUUUGGUCUUUAAGGCGAUCCUCGAAGUAUGGGCACAAUUCGGCAAACUCUCUCCAGCUAUGGAAUCCUGGCGCAAGCGAUACUGGUGGCGCAUGGCGAAAGCUAUCACGAACUUGAUGCUGCUGCUUUAUGGUGUCUGGACUUUGUGGUGUGUCUACCAGUGGUCAAGCGGAGACUCUUGGGCUGCGCAGGUCCUCGCUGGUGUGACUUUCGCUAUCUUCACAGCAGUUCUGGCUGGCUUCACAUGGAAGAUCUGGAGCAAAGCACGCGCUGCCAAGAAGAUGGAAGGUACGACCGAUAAGCUUUACGACGACAAGGAUACGUGGAUCAAGUAUUCCCUUUUCUACGACAACUACAAGAAGAGCUAUUGGUGGAUCUUCAUCCCGACCAUCAUCUACAUGUUCGCGCGAGGAGCUAUCAUUGCUGGCGCAAACGGACAUGGCCUCAUUCAGGUGUCUGGACAGCUCAUCGUCGAGGCUCUCAUGCUCUGCCUCUUACUCUGGGCACGACCCUGGCAGCGACGAUCUGGAAAAUGGAUCAAUAUCAUCAUCCAGGUUGUCCGUGUUGCAUCAGUGGUCAUGGUCUUGAUCUUCGUAGAAGAACUCGGCAUUUCGCAAACCACAAAGACAGUGACUGGAGUCGUCCUCAUCGCGGUGCAAGCCUCCCUGACCGGAAUCCUCGCCAUUCUGAUCGCAGUAAAUGCAAUCAUCACCUGCGUGAAAGAGAACCCUCACAGAAAGAAGCGCAAGGAACAAGAGAAACUCGAACGCGACCUCGACAACCUCACUCCACUGCACGCACGGAACAGCCUCCUCAUGGACCCCAUGGUCCAGAAGUUCCCAGACACAUCCUACAAAGCACCCCUUGUCGCCGCCUCUCCUUUCGCAGACGCACGAGGCCGCUACGAUCCCGUCCAGAACCGGGACGCCUCACCUGCGGGACGAUACCGAGACGACGAAGCUCUCAUGCCCGCCGCAGCGCCCUUUUCGCAUCAUGAUCAGGAGAGGAGUAUGCAUAGCAGGAGUCCAUCAGUGGAAUCAAGGCAACCGCGAUUGCCGGACCUGCAGUUUGGACGAGCAUUAUAG